AUGAUUGAACUGCCGAUUGGUGCGGCUGGUGUUGUCGUCCUGAACGACAUGGAGUCCAUCAAUGAGUUUUACUGCUCUCGAGAUGGCGUGCAUCGCUCCCCGGAGGCGAUCUUCUUUGAACUAACACGGGGAACCAUGGGCAUGUCAAACCUUGAUGGAAAAGAGUGGACCGAGAACAGAAGCUUCAGCAUGCGAGUGUUUAGAGACCUGGGCUUCGGAAAGACUUCCAUGGAACAACAUAUUAUGGAAGAGUUGCAGGAGCUGGUCCGCCAGAUAUCGGACACCACGGGGAGCCUGAUCUCCGUUCUGGAUUACAUGAUACCCAGCAUGUCCAACGUCAUCGCUGCCCUUUUGUUCGGAAAAAGAUUCGAGCUUGGAGACGCCAAGCGAGACUACGUGGCGAAGCACCUCAGAAGACUCCUGGACGGUCUCAAUGCCGGCCCGGUGGUUGAAGACAAACCGAAAUGGCUCUGUAGGGUCACGACCGCGCUUCCCUUCACCAGACUAGGGCUCAUGCGAAGAUCUCGACUCAAGCUGCAAGAGUUCAUCAAGGACCAAAUCAGGGAACAUAGGAGCACACUACAUCCAGACAUCAAUCGAGAUUACAUCGAUGGCUACCUGAAAAAGAUGAAGGAACGACAUUGUGAACCCGUUUCUUCCUUCCAGGAAAACUAUUUACUGGGGAACACCGUGGAAUCACUGGUGGGCGGUUCGGGCCCUUCUUCGUUCCGGGUCUUCUGGCUCUUUCACGUGUGCGCCCAGAACCCGAUCACGGUGCAGUCCAGGAUCCAGAAGGAAAUUGACGACGUCGUCGGACAUUGGAGAAGGCCCACGUGGCAGGACCGCAAGGCCAUGCCCUUCACUAUGGCGUGCCUGCAAGAGAUCUUGCGAUGGAAGUCCCUAACACCUGUUGGGAACCAGAGAGGGGUUCUAGAAGACACUUUCAUUGGCGGCUACCUCAUUCCAAAAGGCUCGACCGUUUUGUUGAAUUCUAUGGGAGUCCACAGAAAUCAGGAGCACUGGGAAAGUCCCGAUGAAUUUGACGCGUCAAGGUUUCUGACGAACGACGACGCCAACCUUGCGAAGAAAUAUGACCACUUCGUUCCAUUCGGACUUGGUAGGAUUGACUUGGAGCGCAUUACGUUCUAG